AUGGGAACUUGUUGUGGUACCUAAGGACCACAUACUGGGAGUCUUUUUGAAUUCUCUGCUCUCACGUAUUACUCUCGUAAUGCAAUUAUUAUUUAGAGAGCCUAUCGAAGUAUUCGUUUAAUUAAUCUCUUAGAGUGGAAACACAAAAAAGAGGAAUAGGAGAAUCGUCUAAUCAUCACAAUUGAUAGUUAGCAUAGCAAUGAACCUCCUGCUCAAGAAACUGUUGCAAUUGAUAAACCUGUUGAAGUUGUUGAAUAGAUUGUAUUUUCAAUAAUCAUCCUAGAUCGAUCAUUCCCCUCAAAAUGCUAUUAAGGUAGAUCGCAAAUGUAGUGAAUAUUCAACAAUCGUAAGCAAUCUCAUCUUUAGAAUUGGUAAUUUUAAUUACAAGGAAUUUGCAAAAUAACUGAGUUACACAGAGGAAGAACUAGCAUUGCCUCAUCUGGAUCCCUUUCAACUAUAAGACGGCACUGUUUAUGUGGGUUAAUGGAAAAUGGGAUUGCGUCAUUGUAAAGGUAGAGCAAUCUUCCAGGAUAAGAGCAUCUACGAGGGCUUCUGGAAGGAUGAUUAGAUGUGGGGAUAUGGCAGACUUAUUUUAGGAACAGGAGACUAUUAUGAAGGUGAAUUUUAACGGAAUAUGGCCAAUGGGAAAGGCAAGCAAGUUACUACCUUAGGCUAUGUUUAUGAGGGCAAUUGGGUCAAUGACAAACAGUAGGGUGAAGGAAUUGAACAAUAUCCAGAUGGCACGAAUUUUAAAGGAAAGUUCGUUGAUGGUAUGAAGACGGGUUUUGGAGAAUUUCACUUUUAGGAUGGGUCAAGGUUAUUAAUUAGAUCUAUUUGUUUAGUUAUGUUGGACAAAUCAUAGAAAACAAAUUUAAUGGGAAAGGCGUCUUUAAAUUUGCUGAUGGUAGAAAAUAUGAAGGGCAAUGGAAGAAUAAUCAGAUGGAUGGGUAUGGUACAUUCACAUGGCCUGAUGGGAGAUAGUAUGAUGGAUAUGUAAUGAUUUCUGAUAUCCCUCUUAGUAUGUGAAGGAUAAGAAACAAGGGUUUGGAGACUUUACUUAUCAGGACGGGUCUAUGUAUAAGGGGAAUUGGUUUGAGGGGAGGGAACAUGGAAAUGGCACAUUUUAUUCAAAAAGUGGACUGUGUAGAGAGGGGGAAUGGCUGAAUGGCAAACGAGUGAAAUGGCUGGGCCAGUAUUAGACAGCUUGA